AUGGAGGAACUGAUUGAAGUCUUGGAGGCGGUUGCCGUGCACGGGGCCAGGCGGCGUCGUGGCGAGGCGAUCCGAAGGCUCGCCGCCGCCUUUUUCUACAGCUCUGCUAAUCCCUCCGGGCUUCUCGAUGUGGCUUCGUCUGAGCCCUUGAGCGCGGCGAACGGGGGGGUGGGUUACUUACCUCCACCCGCUUGGCUUGUGGAGGAGUUGCCGCCUUUUUUAAGUGUUGACUGCACCGCCGAAUCGCACAGUUCACCUUGGCCGGCAUCAUCAUCAUUAUUGGGGUCUUCUCCACCACAAACUGUCACGUUGUCAGAAUUCACAGAAGGAAAUUCAACUAAAAAAUUACCAGGCAACUUCAAACAAACCAUCAGGCGGAGCGGAGACUUUUUGACAAUGCAGGAGGUACGUGAAUGUCUGCUGAACCCGCUGUCGUCGACGCAGCUUGCGGAUUCUGCCCUUGAUUUUUAUCGAACGCACUACACCCCAGAGGAUAUGAUUACCGAUAUUUUUUUUCACGACCCCUGCUUUCGGAGUGUGAAGAAGACGAUGCAAGAGGUGUCGUUUUGCCGUCGGGUUCUCAUGGCCUACACUCGCGCGCUCGUGCUAUCUGAUCCUGCCCCGCUGCUGGAGCAGCUUGUUGAAGUUCUGCUUGAUCUUCUCUUUCUUCCUCACGAGAACGGAACCAACUCCCAGAGCUCUCUACAUUGCAUUUCAUCGGGUUCUGCUUUGCAUGCGUAUGAUAAUGUUGAUUCUUACGAAAGCGCAUGUGCACAGCUAGUGGGGGGAGACCACGAGGGCGUCGAUUCCAUGACGGCGUCCUCGUGGUACCUCUACAGCAGCUUUCUACAGGAGCUGUUGGAUUAUCAUCAAUAUAGUAUAAAUGCUUCAGAUUCCGCGCGCAUGAUGAGGAGAAGAAUGACGUAUGAUAUCAGUGGUCAAUGCAGAAGCCUAUUGCCAGAAACCCCAAGGAUGGCAAAAGUGAUCUACGAGGUGAGCGUGAACCUCAGAUGCAGUGCUGAAGUGGAAAAUGAUACCUUUUCCAAUUUUGCAUUGCUGUCGUCUAGCCGAGAGGAUGAAUCAAAUAUGUACUAUACACAUUUCCAGCAGGAUCGCGAGCGAUGGUCAAGGUAUCUGUUCCUCCUGAGUUUUCAAAUGUGGACGCGACUGGGAAAGCUCGACAUUGCCGCUGAGGCUGCUUAUUACUUUUUCAAGUCGCAACCAAAUCAUGUUGUGCACCUCAUCGCGGACGUCCAUGACGCAGAACACGUUUCCGAAUCGGAAUGGAUGGACGCACUAUCUGUGGUGCUCUGCUGCGCGGCCGCCGUUUUUUUCGGUCAAAAUGACUAUGAGAUCUUAGGCUUCCAGGCAGGCGGAGCAAGGGGUAGUGAGGGAUUCCCUGAAGAAAGUCUACCUGUGGCUGCGGUGGCCAGUCAAGUGAAAAUUGGAGUGGAAAAGGUUAGAUAUUUCCAAGUGAUGGAAGAUUUUCAGACUGUGGAGCAGCGUCGGACCGCACAGGAGUUUACCGCGUACUAUGAGCAGGUUCAGGGAGCAUUUUUUAACUAUUGCGGUGGUGGUAUAUUACGUGAGGAAUACAACAGGAAGAUUUUGGAUCCUUUUAAAGUCCUGUACGAUCAUCUGCUUUCUCGAUUAAUACAAACAUCAGCAUUAGAGGAUGUGAAAAGAGCAGGUUGGGAUGAUUUCACGGGCGGAAUGUGCAUUAUUUGA